AUGGCAAAGAAUUGCUUCUUUUUUUCCAUUGCAGUGUUGUUAAACUGUUUCAUUGUUUGCCUCGCUACAACCAUAACUACCAACUUGACUACAGAUCAAUCUGCACUUCUUGCCUUCAAAGCCCAUCUCACUUCCGACCCUGAAAAUGUAUUGGCCAAAAACUGGUCCACCACUACCUCAGUUUGCAACUGGACUGGUGUCUCCUGUGGUCUCAGCAACGAAAGGGUCACAGCCUUGAAUCUUUCUGAUACGAGUCUCAGUGGCACCAUCGCUCCACAUCUUGGGAACCUCUCAUUUCUCACAUCUCUUGACAUCAGCUACAAUAGUUUCAAUGGUCAUAUACCCGAAGAGCUGGCUAGUUUGGAUCGAUUACUAGAGAUUGAUUUUCAAUACAACAACUUCAGUGGAGAGGUACCAUCAUGGUUUGGGAUCUUAUCAGAACUUCAACACUUGCUUCUAUCUAAUAACAGUUUCACAGGUACCAUUCCACCAUCAAUAUUCAACAUUUCAAGGCUAGAGACGUUGAACAUAAGCUACAAUUCUCUUCAUGGUAAAAUUUCACAAGAGACCAGUAAUCUGCCCAGCCUGAAAGUGUUAGACUUGAGUUUUAACAAGCUUACGGGCUCCAUACCAUCUGCUAUCUUUAACAUGUCUUCACUGCAAGUAAUUGAUCUCACAUCAAAUAGCCUUUCUGAUAGUCUCCCAAUAGACAUGUGCACUCAUCUUUCUUUGCUUCAGCGACUCCACCUUUCUUCUAAUCAGCUGCAUGGCCAAAUUCCAUCUGGUUUAUACGAGUGCAGGGAAUUCCAACAUCUAUCAAUGCCCAACAAUAACUUUACUGGCAGCAUACCUAGAGAAAUCGGCAACCUGACUAUGUUAAAGGUGUUGAAUCUUUGGUUGGAACAACCUCGAAGGGCAGAGCGGAGCAAAUUGCCAUCCUUAGCUUUGUGUUUGAAGGAAUGA